UCCCCGUGUUUGAUAUGAUUAAGAGCUGGAGACCACUUAAUUUGGUUGCUAAUGUGUGAAGACUCUUGGAGACCAAAUAUUUUGGUCGUCUCAGUAAUAGGCAAAUAAAAUCUCAUCCUCUCGCCCUAAUUUGUCAAAUGCAUGCUCUCGAUCUGUUCUCUUUUCUCUCUGUCUAGGGCUCCAAUGGAGAUCUAAGAUCUUCAGCUUCAAUCGUCUAGGACUCCAAUGGAGAUCUAAGAUCUUCAGCUUCAAUCGAUCUUAUCUUCAUGAUCGAUCUCAUACUCCAACACAGAUCUAUCCUCUCUCCCUCUUCGUUUCUGUGUUUGGAUCUGUGAACUGGAAGAGAAGAUGAAUCGGUACAAGGAGAUUAGCAAGGUCUCGAUUUCUGCAUCUUACUCCAUCUUCUUCCAUAAAACUUGCUGAAUCGGCCUCUUGAAUCCCUCCGUAAACGUAAACCUUGUUGAAUAGGCCUUUUGAAUCCCUUAGUAAAUGACCAAUUCAGACUUCAAGAUGGCAUCUCAAGUAUAUGAUCUAACUUUUUCUGAUUUUUCAUUAAUUUUACUCUCAAUUUCUGUAUAAAAAAAAUCAGAUUUUGUUGUUUUUAUCAAAUAAAUUCCAAUCAUAAACAUUUAUUUUAAAAGCAAUUUACUAAUGUUAUAUUGCAAUACAUGAAUUGUGUUUGGUGUUUUAUUUAUUUCAUGCAUUUUUAUGUUUCCACGCCAUAUGUUUAAAAUUACUUUAGUAUGUUAUUGUCAAUAAUAUACUUUGUACAAACAUUUGGAGUUGCAACUUCUUUGGAUUUGGUCCAUAGAGAAUAUUGUGUGUUAUCUAUGUUUAAUUUAAUGAUGAGGAGGUCACACAUAGUGGGCCCCUACUAAUAGCGAUUUCUUAAGAUUGGAAAUGCAUGAGUUUCGUUGGUUUGGCUUUCUAUUGGAAAUACAUGGCUUUUGUUGGUGUGGAAAUGCAUAUUAGAUUUAAUAAUGUUAGUUUAUCUGUUGUGAAAAUAUUAUUAGAUUUCUAGUCAAUACUACACCAAUUAAUCAUAUAAGAAGUGAAUGGAAUAGGGCUCUCAUUAUGUUUAAGUUCUUUAUUUGUCUACAAAAAUGCAAAAAGUUCAUUCGUUCUACCAAUGUUCUCUUGAAAUAGGUGCCUACUUAUAUCUAACAUCUUGUUACAUCUUUUUGUUGGUAAUUCUGAUAGGAAGAGAAUCUUUGGUGCUUGAGUUGCUGGAAUAAUUCUUCCAUUUUGAUUGGGGUAUUAUAUUCAAAUUGGACAAACAAAUUAUAAAUGAUUUACCAAUCCAAAUAAUUUUUUGACUUUUGAUGUAAAAUUAGCCCAUUCAUUUGUGCCAACCAGAAAUAAAUAUUUGUCUCUAAAUUUAUUGUUAUUCUAUGUGGCUAUUAGCCAUCAUUUGUAUUUUUUGGCUGUUUCUGUAUAAUUGUUUUUGGCUACUGUAUAGCUUUGAUGCAGACAGGGUGCAUAGGGGAUGAAAUAGUCCAAACUUUCAUUGCUAACAAUGCAACUUUUGAGAAGAAAACAUCAUUCUCACAAGUGAGGUUCUCCUAGGUGCUUGAGUAUAGGAUAAUGUCUUUGUGAAAUAUAUGUUGAAUUCUUGUGUGCUGCAGGAGAAGUAUAGACUAAAGAAGCAAAA